AUGUCGAGCAACAAAGAGUCACCAGCUCAGCAGCUGUCAAGCAUGGCUGCCAAACGCUCGGACGAGCGGCAGGACGAGCGACAAGACGAGCCAAAAACAUACGAGAUCUGUGGUAUCUGUCAAGAAGAAGAGAACGAGAUCGAACACACCACGCUGCCUUGCAACCACUCCUUUCAUCCUGAGUGUAUUCGGAAAUGGCUGUCAUAUUGCCAAACACAGCCUACCUGUCCGAACUGCCGCGAAAAUCUUGCUCAUCCAGGCUGUUGCCACCCGAUCAGCGAGGAUCUUUUCACGCCAGGGGCUACGAUCUUGCCUGGCGCUCUUGCCACCCCUUGUGAGAUCUGUUUAGGAAUUCGGGAUGUCCGGACACGAGGAAACGAGCUUCCACAUUGGCGCCACGAGAACUUGCUACGCACCCUAACUUCAUUUUCCGACGAAGUUGCUGGAAUGUUCGGUCUCGCCUUCCAACCUGUCGACGUCGCUGAUGAUCAGGGCGAAAACGUUCUAUUUCCGCUUGAACGACAGGAUCCGGAUGAAACGGGUCCUGUCCCGUACUUCUAUGGUGCCAGGCGCCUAGCAGUAACCAUUGACGAACUCCUGGAGUACAUCAGCAUUACGGGAAUAGACUUCCAUGGAUUCGUGGUAAGAAGGCAGGCUGACGCGCGCAUUUACGGUCUCAGUCAUGCUGAGAAGCUGGCCAUUCUCUUGACCGAUAGCCUACUCAGCGAAGUACACCGUGGAGGGGGCCGAAAUGCAGUACGGGCGAUGGUCAGCAACAUGGAUGCUGUUCAGAGCGCUGCAGAAUUGGCAUUCAGGAAUGUCAUGCAUGAGGGGGCGUCCCAUGACGAGGCGAGUGAUGCAUUCUAUUGGAUCUGCCAUUGGUGA